GUACAUACGUCAGUUCAGUAUCGGCGACAGACAGAGAGAGUCGUGAACAACCCGCGCUCGCUCUCACACACAAUCUACAGCCCCGGAACUGUCUAAAACAACGAUUUACUAGCACUGUGUACACAGGGACAUUACCUUAACCCAAGCUUGGACUAUAUUACUCUGCUUUUGGACCAGGAAAGAACAGGGAACUAAAGGAUUUUUCUCUUCUCUUCUCCUUCCUGCUGUGCCCUUUGUUUUUCUCACUGUGGUCUCUGCUGUCCUAGCAGGUGUCCACUAGCGCCCCCCAGCGAAACAGAGCGGUACAGCCAGAGAAUAGGGAGCCCGGGCAGCCUCAUCGUGGGCCCCUCCAGUUUAGCUGUCCGAUGCGGAGUGAGGAUGAGUCCUGCUCUAGAAGCCCUCAUGCAGGCAGACGGGACGCCCCCCUAUCCCGGGAAAGGGGUUAUGCUUGAGCCUUUUGUGCACCAGGUGGGGGGCCACUCUUGCGUGCUACGUUUCGGCGACCAGACCAUCUGCAAGCCCCUUAUCCCCCGAGAACAUCAGUUCUACAAGAGCCUGCCCCCCGAGAUGAGGAAGUUCACCCCCCAGUACAGAGGUGUGGUGUCAGUCAGCUUUGAGGAAGACGAAGAGGGCAACCUGUGCCUCAUUGCCUACCCCCUCCACAAUGAACCAGAGAACCUGGAAAACAAGGACCCCUCAGCUGACUGCGAGCCCAAGAGCAAGAUGAUCAAAUGGGGUAACAAGAAGACCUCGUCCCUACUGCUGGAGAAUGACAACUACAGCAUAGACUGGGCCAGACAGAGCACUAAAGAGAACAAGAGCAAAAGUUAUAACGGUGCAGAGGCGCAGCAGCAGGCUGAGGUUCUCUGCUACAGCCUGGAUCAGAAGCAGAUUAAACACAACCCCUGGAGUCUGAAAUGCCACCAGCAGCACCUCCAGAGGAUGAAGGAGAACUCCAAACACCGCAACCAAUACAAAUUCAUCCUGUUGGAGAACCUGACAUGGCGUCACACGGUUCCGUGCGUGCUGGACCUGAAGAUGGGCACGCGGCAGCACGGUGACGAUGCGUCGGAGGAGAAGAAAGCCAACCAGAUCCGCAAAUGUCAACAGAGCACCUCCGCCUCCAUCGGUGUUCGCCUUUGUGGCAUGCAGGUGUACCAGUCAGACUCAGGCCAGCUGAUGUUCAUGAACAAGUACCACGGGCGUAAGCUGAGCCUGCCGGGCUUCAAGGAGGCCCUGUUCCAGUUCUUCCACGAUGGGCAGCGUCUGCGGCGCGAGCUGCUCUCCCCGGUGCUGUGGAAGCUCAGGGAGAUGCAGGAAACCCUGGAGUCCUGCGAGUCUUACCGCUUCUACUCCUCCUCCCUCCUCAUCAUCUAUGAUGGGGAGCCCCCCCGCGCCUGCGCCCCCACCAGACCACGCCACCGCGGAGGAGAGGAGGGUGACGAUGACGAGCCCUCAGAUGAGGAAGAGGAUGAGGAAGAGAAAGAAGGUGCGUUUGGGUUCCCCCGUGGCUCGGCAGCUGUCAGCAGUGCUGGUGGGAGCAGUAACGGUAGCAGUAAGGGUAGCGCCGGUCGCUCGUCCCGCGGCGGAGCAGUGGAGGCCAGCAGUCCGGCGGUGGAUGUGAGGAUGAUAGACUUUGCCCACACGACGUGCCGCCAUUACGGGGAGGACAGUGUGGUGCAUGAGGGUCAGGACAGCGGCUACAUCUUCGGCCUGCAGAACCUCAUCACCAUCAUCUCGCAGCUGGAGGAGCACAGCGCCGACUAAAGGCUGAGCCUCCACUCUGGAAAACUAACCUAACCUGGGAAUAACAGCACUGAGCUGCAGCUGUAGCCCUGCUCUGCCCUCCUCCGCAACUGGCCUGGUUCUAAUGGCCACGAAACGGCCGGGGGUCUGACCCCCCACCUACUGUAGGGGAGAAACAGGGAGCUUCUGGGUUGGUGCUGAGGUCGGUCCAGCUACAGCUCUCACAGCCAGUCACCUCACCAACACGGGAUAGGACUGCUUGUGCACUCGUUUGCACCUUGUCUCUGUGACUGUUCUUCCUCUCUUUCUUCAUCUCUUUAUUUUCUGUGUAGUGGGAGAGAUAGUGUCUGAGACUCUGGUCUAUUAACAGGCUCAGGGACUCAUGUAGCAUCCUGUCCUCCUUUCCUCCUCUCUGCUCCUCUGUUACUGUUUUCUUUACUGUAUGGUCACUCUGAGAGAGGGACCAAAAGCUUGUGUAGUUCUGGAGGUUGUACUUGAUGCUUUUAAACUGUAUGGUGACGUGAAGUGUUUGUGGAUGACAUUUGGACUGCUGUUCCCCCAACAGCACAGCAACACACGAGUGGGGGUUGCUUCUGUACAGACUGAACGGGCUAGGCAGGUCGCUCGGUCAGCUGGCAACUCCUCACUCUCCUAUGGCCGAUUUAUUUUGUAUUUCUUCUGGUGUUUCUGCAGAGAUCAGCAACAAACAAACUUUUGUUAUACUUUUGGCCGUCUGGAUUUACAACAACGAUGCAUGGAAGGAGAAUAACAUGUUGGUGAAGAAGAAUGGAUUUCUACCUUUUGUCAACAAUUCCACCCCCGUACUGUUUAGUCUCUAAAUCAAAGACAUUUAAAGUGGGGGUUUAUAAGGGAAUAACAUCAUUACUUUGUCACUUUCUUAGUGUUUGUCUGAUUUGCUCCUCUUCAUUCCUGAAAUGGUGACUGAAGAACAGAAUAUAUUGAUAAGGACAAUAAAUACAAAGACUAUAGAGACUUUAUUUAUUUGACAUAUUUCUUAAAAAUAAACAAAACAAAAAAAUGACAAACAAAAUGGAGACAAUGAUGACAACAUUCCAUAUUACUGUUCUAAAUGUUUUGUUCUGAUAAUGACAUUAGUGAAUAUUGUUUUUUUGCAAGAUACCUCUCUUGUAUACCUGUGUGUCAACAGUAUGUUGGAAGAAAAAUAAAGACAUUUCUUGUGGUAAAA